GUGUCGCUGGCGUUUUGCGAUACUUUACGCAGUUGUCCAAAACAACCAAAUUGCAUUCUGAAUUUCUUUCUUUCAAGCCACGAAAUUACGUACCUAUCAUUAAAGUCCGAGAUACUUUGCGUUGAAUUGUUUAAGUUGUGUAUAUCAUCCGACGUUCGCAAAGAGUGUACUCCAAGAAAUUAGUGAUUGUGUGUGUGUACGAACGUGUUUAUCCAACGAAUGACAGUUGACCAAUUUUGGUGCGAGCGUAAUCUUCUGUAUUUUGUUUCUAGCCACUUGGUGGCCGUGCAGAACGAUUAUUCAAGGGUCAAUUGCCAAACCAGUCCAUUGAUUGCAGUGAUUUGUUAGUGGAAGGCGAAACUGUGUUCCGUGCCGGAUUGGUUGAAAUCUUAAGGGCCUACAACUACGUCUCCAGAUGUCUUUUGUGUACCUGGUCUAAUUUUUAUUUGGGUUUAUCGUCUGCAGAAAAUAACCGUUCUUUCACCCGAUAAUUUCGUAUCAUUUGUAUAUGUGUAUGAAGAAAGGUUUCAUCAUGCUGUUCGAGGAUCUUACUUAAAUUAUUGGAACUAGUUCUUCGGCGAGAUGCAUGCGUUUUGUAUUCGUCUGGGAGUGCCACUGUCCUCCCCAUAAGCGAUUCGCUAUAUUGUUGUAAAACUUGACCUGCCCGUGACUGGAACGUUUGAUUAGGGAGUGCACAAAGUUGUAAAAAAGUCGCAAUUAUUUGCAAAAAUGUACAUGCUUUUGAUGUAAUGGUGCUGCAAAACUGAAUAAGUGAAACAAAAGCUGAACUGCCUGAGCAUUACCCGGUUGUUAUCAAAACAGUGCAAAAUUGUCAAUGUAACAUUAUCAUUCGACUUUGACGGCGUUGGACCGAUACGGUGCAGAUAAACAGAAGCAAAGAUAGAGAAGAUAACCAAUUGAAUGAAGAGUACGGUUCGACGUGGGCGCAUAAUAUGCUAGCACUGUAAAUCACUACAUGUGCCACCCAACGUCACGUCGGGAGCUGCUCAGUGCGUUCAAGUGCGCCAGGUUCAUCACCGUGUUCUGUUCAUUUCAUGUGUAAGUGCUUUUUUGUUACAUUUGCCCAAAGUUGCCAGAAAUUCAGUUCAAAAGUACCAACCUGUCGUGUGAACAACUUUCGUGUUUAUGGAAUAGAAAUCACAAAUAACUAACUACUAACGAGAGUUCAAACAGUUAGUUUACUGGAUUUCGUAGGAAUACAACCCAACCUGUCGUGUGAACAACUUUCGUGUUUAUGGAAUAGAAAUCACAAAUAACUAACUACUAACGAGAGUUCAAACAGUUAGUUUACUGAAUUUCGUGGGAAUAACUCUUCACCAUGCCAGUAAAUGCAAUCGGAGCAGAACAGCUGAGCGGAAUUGAAGAAGAGGCUGACAUUUACGAAGCAUUUGCGCCCCAUGUCGAUACAACAAACAUCUCAGUCAUAACCGAUACACCACCAGGUAAAAAACCCAGCUUGAAAACAUUUCAAGAUGUGCAAUAUAUGCUACAACAAGGAAAAAAACGAGAGGCAAAGCUAGUGCUAAGAGAAAAUUCAUGGCCAACCAAUUCACCAAUCCGUUCACAACUAUGGCCUGCUCUGUGUGCUCAGCAUCACGUGGGCAAAAGCAUGCUGGACGGUUUUUACUGGGAUAUGGUGAAUCAGGUAUUCGGCACUACGGAACUACCCGAGAAACCCAUCAUGCUACCACCUUUUGUAGACACAAUACAUUGUCUACCUUAUCACCUUACACGAAAAGGUCGAGCAGUUGCCGAUCGAGUGGUCAGUGUUCUUGGUUACGCUUGCCCAGACAUUACUUUUAGUCCUACGCUCUACCCUAUUACCUCCAUUUUGCUGCACUUUAUGUCUGAGGAGGAAUGCUAUCACUGCAUGGCGAGUCUGGUGACCCCUAAGGAAAAAGUAUUUAUUACCCAAACUAAGUUACUUUACGAAGUUACCUGGAAGACUGUGAUGCAAAUUGCCAAAAAACAUGCGAAAUCUGCCUUUAACUAUUUAUCAUCUAUGUGCAACGGGCAGAAGUCGGAAUCUAUCUACAUGGAUUGGUGUUGGUGGAUAUUAGGUGGACUUCCAUUUCCACAUUUGGUUCGAGUGAUGGAUUGCUUCUUCCACGAAGGAAUAAAAGUAUUCUACCGAGUCUCGUUGGCAAUUCUGAUACUUUUUCAUAAGCAUGUAACAGUCAACAACACAGAUUGGGAUGCGGAUACAAUCAAAAACGAUAUCGACAAUGCCCUUCCAAAGUUUUGUAAAAGCAUACCAGUCUCGCCAGCAAAGCUGCUACGAACUGCGUUUAGUAUAAGAGCUCUUAGUUCUACGUACAUAUCUAGAGUGUUUUUGAAGACUGAAAUGCUACUCAAAAGCAAAUCUGUUCUUAGCGGACCCAAACAAAUGGUGAGAUCACGUUCUAGCGAUAAUUUACCAACGAGUCAAUCCCAGAUCAACGUACAAAUGAUGUCGCAUACCCUUACAAUAAGAGAGCUGUUUACGCUUUGGUCUUGGCUGCCAGUAAGAAUAACGAUGUAUCAACCUGUGUUAUUAUACACUACUGAAGAACAUGGAUGUUCUUUGACCACGUUUUACGUACGGGUGGAGCAGCAUGAGCCAACACUACUGAUGAUCAAAACCUGCAACAACGAAGUGUUUGGUGCUUAUUGCUCCUCUCGUUGGUAUGAACGAAAUCUCAAAGACGAUCGUGGUCAGCGCCAGGCAUACUUUGGUACGGGAGAAACGUUUCUUUUCUCACUCUACCCAGAACGAGCAAAAUACCCCUGGGUCGGUAUUGAAGGUGACACUGGAUUGGGGCAUGCUUCUGAACUAUUCAUGGCAGCAGAUUCCAAGAUGAUAACCAUCGGUGGCGGUGAAGGGCAAGCUAUUUGGAUGGAUGAAAACAUACGUUUUGGUAAGACCGACCGUUGCCAAACGUUCAACAACCCACCACUUUGUGCUUCCGGAGAUUUUGAGAUACGUGUACUCGAAGUAUACGGUUUUGUUGGUGCUUAAUAUGUACACAUUAAGAAACAUUCUUUAAUACUGCGUUUAUUUCAUCCGUGACAUAGAGAUUGGUUUCUUUUCAUUUGUUUGGUAGUUAAGUAGUAUUGAAGAUCUCGUUCGAAAUUGUAUAUAUUUUAGCGAAGACGGGAUAGUAAUGGCAAAACCGACAAAUAAGUAAUCACAAAUCGCAUAGCAAUAUCCAAACAUACAUCAUUAUUACCGUUGUGUUGUGUGGUCACGUGCUAAUAAUUAAAGUUUUGCAGAAUUCUGUCUUUUUUGUCCAAUAUCGAAAUUGAUUAAAAAAUACUCUUGAUAUUUACUGGAUAUGUAUGCACAUAUUUAUACAUCAGAAUCAAAAGAUAUAUUUAAGUUGAGGAAUCUGUAUCAUCGAUUUUGGCAUAUUCGUGUGAAAUCCAAAUUCGAUUUCAUCAGGUGAUUUCGAAAUUCAUUGUGUGACAUCUAAUAACGUAAUUUAUUUCAUAUCAUCGUGUCCAAAAGCCACAAUGACUGAUUCCGUACUCCUGUUGUAUGCAUCGAACGUAUAAUAUUCAACGAAACUUGAUUACAUAGUUUUGCUGCUCAUACAUGUAGCAAUGAUGAACAAAAGAAAGACAGGAAAAUAACAGUUUUGUUCAUAAAGCUAAAAGAGUCCUUCUCUUAAUAAAAUACGAUCUAUCUUUACUCGCCUUACCAUUUCGGCUAAGCAUUGUAUAUAUCUUGAUAGUGUUUAAAUGCAUGCAUACAUCGAAGAAGAGGGAAAUUCAAGAAGCUGAUAAAUGCAAUUCAAAAUAGUUUUUCAACUUAACUGUGAGUUAAAAGAACGACUUGCCAUAUAAAAUAUCAUCAAAGCCAAAAAGGCCCGGUGUUUGGUGAUAGUUGUUGAAAAUGUAUUGAAAAUACAAAAUCAACAAUAAAUGUAUCGAGUGAUAGUUACAUCGGACACAUCGGACACAGUUUCUUGCGUCCUUUAAAAUGUGAUGUGUCGUCAGCAUGCAUUGAAUGGUUUAAAACUCUUACUACAUUGCCAUACAUCAGUCGAUAAGAGACACCGAUAAUAUAUUUACGGCUUUUCAUGUUCAUUAGAGUAAUCUAACUCGACAGAUUAUCAAAAAACGUAUAGUCAGUCAAAAUUAUCCUUGUUGAGAACUUAAUGGAAAUGUAACACUUGAAUGUAACACGCAAUGGUAGACGAAACGUAAUUGAAGACGAUUUAGUAGUGAAUCAGAAAAUAGCAACAUUCCAAUACACGUAUGUAUUUGAUUGCUAAAUAGAUCUACCAUCCACACCGCCGCUUAUUACACAAUUUGAUUUGGAAUGAAUGAAUGAAUGAAUUAGUAUGUUUCUUACAGACACCGGCAUAAAUGAGGGCGUAGUACAACGAAUCACUUUGACUAAUGCUACCAUUUUUGACUUAGAUAUAUUCUUACAAUGUUGUUGUUGGUGUUGUCAUUCGUGUAGUGUGAAAAUCAACAUUAAAUUAAAAAGAGCUAAACAGCUUUAUCUAUUGAAUAUGCAUUGAAACAAUCGUAGAAUUGGCGAUAUUAGUAUAUUCAUCGAUGCCACCAAAGCAUUAGAAUACAAUUCUCCAUACACAAAAUAUAAACAUUAUCGUAUAGUCUGUAGGCGUAUCAAGUAAUAUUGCAAUGAUUUAUGUGUUUUCGAAACAGAAGAAUGAUUUACCCAUAUAUAUCAUAACUGGAGCAAUGCAUUAUCCUCAUCUAAAGAAUAAUUACAAGUUCUGGGGGAUGAAACGAAAAUCGUUGUUAAGAUUUACUUCUAUAUGUGUGUUGUUUUGCAAAAUUAAAAUUUCUUUUUGAGUCAAAUAAAUUUCUGAUUUCCUGUGCGCUAGGCUUUAUCACAAAGUUAAAAAGCAUA